AUGUCCUUCGCCGGUGUAUCCGUCGUCGCCGACGGCAAGCUCCUCGGUGCUGACACCUCGCAUACCACUCCCAGCGCCAGCGGGUACCACUUGGCCCACGUCGUCUUCAGCUUCGUUGACGAGACCGACAAGCAAGAACCGGCACGUAUCGAUGGUAGUAAAAUACUAGAGCUACGAGGCAAGGACCGUCGUCAUGCGUUCAAGUACAUCAAGAAAGCAGCCUUGGCGAAACAUGUCAAGAACGACAGCUUCACCAUCCGGUGCGACGUCGUGGUCCUAAAUCCACAAUGCGACACCGUGCUCAUCACAGUGCCACCGUCCGACAUGCAGCAAAACUUCACCGAGUUUCUCCAUGCAGGGGACGGCACCGAUGUGAUCUUCCGGGUUGGGGAUGAGACGUUCGCCGCCCAUCGUUGUGUUCUCGCGGCACGGUCUGCCGUCUUCAGAGCAGCUCUCUUUGGCCCCAUGAAGGAAGGUACGUCCAUGGCCGCCGUCAUGGAGAUACACGACAUGGAUGCUACGGUGUUCAAGGCCAUGCUUGGGUUCAUCUACAGUGACUCGUUUCCAGAGCUUGCAGAAGAUGGAAAGGAGGGCACCCUGCUGCAGCACCUGCUAGUCGCGGCAGAAAGGUACAACCUCCCAAGACUCCGGGUGAUGUGCGAGAAGAAGUUGUGUGAGCACAUCGACCUGAACACGGCCACCACAAUACUAGGGCUUGCCGAGCAGCAUGGCUGCGACGGGCUGAAGAAGGCGUGCUGCAAGUUCGUCCGUUGUCCAGAGAACCUGAGGGUGGUGGUGGCCACGGAUGGCUUUGAUGAUUUGUGCAGGAGCUGCCCCACUAUUAUGAAGGACAUGAUCCUUGGCGUGCUACCGGCAAAGUAA